CAACCUAACAUAUAACCACACUAUAUAUGAGCAAGAUUUCUACCUUCCCUUACCAAUCCAACCUUCUUUUUCAAACAACAUUUUCCAAUAUUAACUUAGAUUCCAACCCCAUUAAUACCAAACCAAAACCAAUUAAACUCUUCACCUCACUUCCCUUCCCCUGUCACCAAAAUUUAAUUAAUUUAUUUUUUUCUAAAUAAAAACCGGAGGGAUGAGUUAUGUAGAACUGAGGUUGAUCUACAGUCUCCUUCUGGGCAUUCUGGCAACCAGCAUCACGAUCUUCGCGGCGGUGCUUUUCUUCCUAUGCAGAAAGAAGGCGAUCGAGGAAGAAGACAGCGAAUCAACCCCGAUCGCCAAACCCUGCGCGCCGUCGUAUCCUCUGAUGGAGAUCGACGCCGCCACCGACGGGUUCAACCACCGCAGGAUAGUGGGGAAGGGGCGGAUCGGCACCGUAUACGCGGCGGUGACGCCCAAGGGGGAGCUGGUGGCGGUGAAGAGAAUCCACCCCCGCCUCGUGCUCAACAAUGCGGGCUUCGGGUUUUCCUCCAUUCUCAAAUGGCUCUCCUUGGCCGAUCAUCCCCACGUGGUGCCCAUCACAGGGUUCUCGGAGGCCCCGGGGGAGAGGAUUAUAGUGAUGGAAUUCGGCGGGAUGCUGAGCCUCGACUUCUACCUGCACCAGAACCCCGACGGCGCGGCGCUGCUGGACUGGCGGCGGCGCCUGAGGAUCGCGGCGGGGGCGGCGAGGGGGCUGGAGUACCUGCACGAGGAGGUGGCGCCGCCGAUCAUCCACGGCUGCGUGAAGCCGUCCAACAUACUGGUGGACGUGAAGCUGUGCGCGAGGUUGUGCGACUACGGGCUGCAUUUUCUGGCGCCGCGCGAGCGGCAGGGGUUGGCGGGGUACGUGGACGACGAGUAUUGGAAGGAGAAGAAGGGGGCUUCGAAGGAAUGCGACGUCUUCGGAUUCGGCGUCGUUUUGCUGGAGCUGCUGAGCGGGCGGAGGAGUGAUGAGGUGGUUGAGUGGGGUUUGCCGUUGAUCAGAGGAAUGAGGUUGAAUGAGUUGUUGGAUCCGAGGCUGCCCAUUCCGACCGAUGUGGGCCCGCUUCUUCGCUUCUCCAAGGUUGCGUUGGCCUGCGUCGCCAACUGCCGGAGAAAUCGCCCCUCGAUGACGCAGGUCGCCGCCAUUUUAAACAGUAUAGAGAUGGCUCUCUGAUUUCAUUUGUUACAUUAAUUGUUACUACCAAGGUGUGUAUAGAAUUGUUGUUUAUUAAUUUAUUUGAUUUCACUUGAGAUUGUAA